AUGCCCCCUGUCAAGAUGCUCUCCUUCAGGCUCUACCUCUUCUUCAUGCUGGCUUUCCUGAGUAUCACUACCUUAGGCAGCUUCGACCUUGUCAAGCGACACUGCGGCACCUGUUACCAUGACAUCCUCGUCGUCGGCCCUGUCAAGGAAUGGCACGUCGAUCCUCAACCCGGGCACUACGGAUACGAGGGCGCCAUAUGCACGGGAAAUGGGUACGGUUUCGGUCCCUGCAAGUUUAGGGUCCAAGGCGACUUCAUUGCCCGAAUCAACGUGCAGUGCACGAAUGGAAAAGGUGGGCUGAUCGACCUUGACUUCAAGAAGCAGGGAUGCUCCGAUGCGAGGCCGCAGGGGAAGAUCAAGGGUCGAUUCGAUGGGCCGGUCGACAAGAAGAAUGUUGGGUACAUUGUUGAGUGCUGGUAG